GUUGCUGGAGGAGGCGGAGAGGGCAGGACCGGGGCGGGCAGAUGCAAGCCAGGCAGCGCCGCCCACCCAUCAGCCGCCCACCAGGCACCAACCCAGGCAGCACACGUGGGGAAAAAGUAAGCCACGCCCCUCUCCUGGGAAAAGACCGAUAAGCCACGCCCCUUGGGUUGCACAGGGCCCCGCCCACUUGCCAGGGUUUAAGCGGGGGCUGUGUGCAAGCCACGCCUCCUCGGAGCUGCUUUGAGUUUCAAGGAGCGCCACUCAGAACAUUUUAUUAUUAUUAUUAUUAUUAUUAUUAUUAUUAUUAAAAAUUUGUUGCUCUCCCUUCAGCAUCAGGUCCCAGGGUGCGUUGCAGCAAUUUAAAAUUAAAUACAGUUUUUACAAUGCUCAGCAGGGUUUCGCUAUAGAAUAUUUUGUACCUGGAGCGUCUUGAUUCUAUUUUUUUUUUUUUUUUUUAAUAAAUUUUUAUUAAUUUUCCAAACAUAAGAUAAGAAAGCAAACAAUACACAAAACACCGACAUACAAACAUAUAAACAUGUAUAAUUUCAUAGCCAUUUUUCAUAAACCUUACUUCCGGACUUCCCCAUACCUCCCCUUUUCUGCAUCCUUGUUUUAUAUUUCUUCAGCAACUCCUCAAUCAACUAAUUAUUCAGUUCAAUUUCUUUAAGUUCUUCUAAUAUUAUUAAUUACAGCUGCAGUUCUCUGUUUCCCAACCCUUGACAUUUUAACAUUCCUGAAUUUUACAACAAGUUCUAAGAUAAACUUUAAAUUUCUUCCAAUCUUCUUCCACUGUCUCUUUCCCUGGUCACGGAUUCUGCCAGUCAAUUCGGCCAGUCCCAUAUAGUCGAUCACCUUCGGUCUGCCAUUCUUCCAGUGUGGGUAGUUGUUGUGUCUUCCAAUACUUUGCUAGAAGAAUCCUUGCUGCUGUUGUCGCAUACAUAAAAACGUCCUGUCCUUCCUUCUCACCAAUUGGCCGACAAUGCCCAAGAGAAAAGCCUCUGGUUUUUAGGGAAGGUCCAUUUAAGAACCUUCUUAAUUUCAUUAUAGAUCAUUUCCAAAAAGCUUUUAUCCUCGGGCAGGUCCACCAAAGGUGAUAAAAGUACCUUCAGUCUCAUUACAUUUCCAACAUUUGUUAUUGGGCAGAUGAUAAAUUUUUGCAAGCUUGACUGGGGUCAUGUACCACCUAUACAUCAUUUUCAUAAUGUUUUCUCUUAAGGCGUUACAUGCCGUAAAUUUAAUACCGGUGGUCCACAACUGUUCCCAGUCAGCAAACAUAAUGUUAUGACCGAUAUCUUGUGCCCAUUUUAUCAUAGCUGAUUUCACCGUUUCAUCGUCACUCCUUUUUCUUGUAUUGUUGUUUCUACUGUUCCUUUCUGCAAGUCCUCCUGAUAUCUCUCCAGAAACUGUUCUUUAUCUUGAACUGUUCUUAUUUUAACCUUCCUUCCUUUGAAAGUAAAAGACAAUCCUUGUGGAAACUCCCACCUGAAGGGUAUGAUAUUUUUCUUCAGCAGGUAGACCAAAUCUUUAUAGAAGGCUCUCACCUCCAAAAUAUAUUUAGGGAUAUCUUUAAAAAUUUGUACUUGACUAUUUUCAAUCUCCAAUGCCUUUUGAUAAUGCGAAUUCAAUAUCUUAUCUCUUUCUCCUUUGGAUCUCAAUGUGAUCAAACAAUCCCUUGGCUUCUACCCUGCCUCCUGCCGAGCCGGAAAGCUGUUGUUAUUUCAAGUUCUUCUUCUUGCAGCUCCUCUUGCCAGAAUUCCAUAAAGUUCUGUGUAAGAAAAUCCACAAGGCUGUCUCCCUCACUCUGGGAACCAAUCUCAGUUUCAAAUUUCUCUUUUCUCUGUAGUUCCAACAAAGAUAGAGCUGCAUCAUGUUCAUUCACUUUUUUGUAAUCGGCACAAGCUCCUGCCUUGUCUCCUCCGCAGUAUUUUUGCACUUUCAGCAAUCUUUCGUGUUUCAGAACUUUCUUGAAUUAGUUUAUUAAUAGAUUCUGUAUUAGAUGUUACACUUGCAGUAUUCAAGUCCAAUCUUGCUGUCAGUUCUGUCAAUUUUUUUGAAUUUUCCGUAGAUAACUUUGUCAGUGCUUCUAAAGAUUGGUUUAUUUUGAGCAGUGCCUGUGUCAUUGAAUCCAUAGAUGCUGUUGCCACUUUUCCUGUGCAGCUGGUGGUAUGCUGGGUAUUGAGGCCCUUUUCUUUUGUGUCUGUUUUGCUUUGGAUCUAGUUGUUAUCUCUUCUGCUGGGCCACUCAUAUCCUCAAGGUCGUUCUCACAGGAGAAACUUGCAAGUGGAAAAUCCCACUGUUUCUUUUUCACUGUAACAGUUUCUCUUUAUACCCUCUAGAGGGAGCAUUUAAUUGUAUCCAAGUGAAAAGAGAAAAAACAAGGAAGCACAGAGCAAUCAACAAAAAAUCCAAGAGUCCACAGUAAAAGUUUCUGUCGCACUUUUUUCAGUAAAUCACAAGUUCAACAAAGUAAUUCCAUUAAAGUCCCGUAACUUUGUCUCAGACAAGACCCCAACUUUGUAUCCAGUCUAAACUGACAGUUCGCUUUGCCGGUGCCUUACUCAGGCAGUCCGUCCUGGGGUUUGGCAAUGGAAGAUGUUUUUUUUUCCUCAUUUAAUUUCAAGCAGGUUAACAGUGUCCAAUUUUCUUCCCCCCCUCUCCUGCUUACUGGGGGGGAGGUUUAAGUCAAAUGUCAGGUUUGACAGCUUAAAGGUAAUUUUCUUUCAAAUGCAGCUUUACUCUUUCGUUGCUUUACUUGCCAUGCAGAUCGGGAGGCAGACUUCCUUAAUUUAUGCCUUUCCCGUUUUCAGCCAAAUUUCAAGAUUUAAAUUUAAAUGUCCCUUUCAGUCCCUCCGUCUUACUCACGGGCUUUAGAGUCGAAUUUCUGGUUCAGGAAGGAAUCGGCGCUCUCCGCUCAUGGCGACGCGGCUUCACUCCACGGGCUGGGUUGCGACUCUCAGCACCGCGCUCCCCCCGAUGCCGCUCCGUAGCCUUUAAAAAGGCUCUUUCACAGUACCGGGGCGCAAAGGUGCCCACCGAGUCUCCUUGUUCACAGGCUUCCGCGCCUGUGAUUUUAGGGGUCCCCCGCUCGCCGUAGCAGGUCAGACCCGAACUCGCGGAGCAGUCCUCCUCCGGAGCUCGAAGGGAGGACCGCCAUUAAGCGCUGGCGCCGACCGGAAGUGCUGGAGCGUCUUGAUUCUAGAUAAUGGCUUCUGUGGCCUUAUCUGGACAUUUUUAUUUUAUCCUGCAAUGGGUUGAGCUAGAUGACCCUCUGGGUCUCUUCCAACUCUACGAUUCUGCAAUUUGGCAAACCUUUGCUCCGUGGGCGGAAUAGAUUUGGGUUACUGGUUUUUUUUGGGGGGGUGCUCUCAGUGGGCCGAGAGGUACUUUCCCACCACCAUCAUUGCUUCAGUGCGCUACCCUGGGAUGUCAGAAGUUCAGAAGCUGCUCCCCAGACUUGGUUGGACUACAACUCCCAUCAGCCUCCAGCAUCAUAACACCACGUGAGCUGAUGGGAGUUGUAGUGCAAAGCAUCUGGAAGCUGCUAGGGGGUAAGUCCAAUUUGCCGUGGCCAGAUUGCAAAAGGUAUUGGACCCUUUUAAACGCAGACUGGUGGUCCUGAGGGGUUUUGGCAGAGUGACAACAGACCUGAGGAGAUGAUUCAUCUCAAUGUGGCUGGCCUGGCCAGGGGGUGGGGUGCUGAUUUAUUUAUUUAUUUGGGGGUUUGGGAUUUAGAGAAAAAGCAAUAAAGAGGCGACAGGAUAUAGAAGUGUAUUGAAUUAUGCAUGGCGUUGAGGAAGGAGAUAGAGAAAAGCAUUUAGAGAAAUGCUAGAACUUGAUGGCUAUCGGAUGAAGCUGAAUGUUGCAAGAUUCAGGACAGUGCACAGUUGAGCUAUGGAACUCACUGCUACAGGAGCAGUGGUGGCCAAAAGCUUAAAGGUAAAGGGACCCCUGACCAUUAGGUCCAGUCGCGGACAACUCUGGGGUUGCGGCGCUCAUCUCGCUUUAUUAGCCGAGGGAGCCGACGUACAGCUUCCGGGUCAUGUGGCCAGCAUGACUAUGCUGCUUCUGGUGAACCAGAGCAGCGCAUGGAAACGCCGUUUACCUUCCUGCCGGAGUGGUACCUAUUUAUCUACUUGCACUUUGACGUGCUUUCAAACUGCUAGGUGGGCAGGAGCAGGGACCGAGCAACGGGAACUCACCCCAUCGCGGAGAUUCAAACCACCGACCUUCUGAUCAGCAAGUCCUAGGCUCUAUGGUUUAACCCAUAGCGCCACCCGCGUUGGGUGGCUUUAAAAGAGAGUAUGGGACAAACUCGUGGAGGGGGAUUUGUGAGUCGCAUUAUCUUGCCCAAGGCAACUCAGAGCAACUUACAACCAGAAAACCUAGCCAGUUUGCAUUGCUUGAAGUUCAUACUGGUUUUCAUUCAGCAAUCAUACUUCCUUUGCACCUGUUACAUUGCCCCAUUGAUCCUCACCCCAGCGAAACACUCAGACAGCCACUAGCCAAUAAUCAGAGCUUUGCGCUAAAUGGGAUCAUAGCUCAGUGGGUAGGCUCUCCAUCUCAGGGUUGUGGGUUCAAGCCCCACACUGGGCAUUGAAGGGGGUUGGACUAGAUGACUCUCACGGUCCCUUCCAACGCUAUGAUGCAACAGGUUUCCGUUUUUCCUCUGCCUGAACUCUUGGCGUUCUGCCUCCUCCUCCUCCUCCUCCUUUUUUGGCCGAGUGCAGGAUGGAGAUCCUGGACGAGUUUGACAACGAGUGCCCGCUCCUCAUCUCCUUCUGUGAGCGGAUCUCCCCCCAGGACUUUGACAGCCAGGCUGUGAGCUACACCCAGAAAUCCCUGCAGGACCUUUUUGCCCAGAUGGAACAGAACCCGGGAAUCUGCGAGCGGGUGGUGAGGAAGAGGAAGCAAGCUGAGAACGAGGGAGCCAGCUUGGCCCAAUAUCUGAAGGUGAGUGGAAGAAGGGAUUCUCUAGGGGACCCUGGAAGGGAGUUAUCACAUGACCUGGCCAGGGCAGGGGGCAGAGAGCAUCCCAGCCUGCUCCUGGCCCUUCAACUGCAGCGAUCUGCAAGGAAAGCUUUUUAUGGAGACAAAACAUACCUGUUCGCAUCUUCAGAAGCUGCUGCUGUGCAUACAAAGGAGCAAAGUUGGCAGUCUUAGGCUAGUAAACCUACCCUCAUGCCUCAGGGUAAAACAUCUACCCUAAUUUUGCAAGGUGCCCCUUUUAUUGUGCAUUCAUGGUGAUCUGUGCUCAUGAUCGUAUUGAGGCGGUUAUACACAAUCCCAUUUUCAAUACGGUUUUCACCUGUAGAAGUUUCAUUCCCCCACCCAUCAGUAUAAUAUUUAUUUAUUACAGUGGUGCCUCAGGUUACAUACACUUCAGGUUACAUACGCUUCAGGUUACAGACUCCACUAACCCAGAAAUAGUACCUCAGGUUAAGAACUUUGCUUCAGGAUGAGAACAGAAAUUGUGCAGCGGCGGCGUAGCGGCAGCGGAAGGCCUCAUUAGCUAAAGUGGUGUCUCAGGUUAAGAACAGUUUCAGGUUAAGAACGGACCUCCAGAAUGAAUUAAGUUCUUAACCCGAGGUACCACUGUACAUCCAACAACUUCCCUUCUUCUCCUUAUAUGGUUCCUUAUGAACUGCUUGUUCUAUUUCCUCCAUUUGGUUUGGUUUCCCCCUCUCUAUUAUAUCUUAAUCUAAAUUAUACUGUUGAAUUUACAGUAAUCCUGCUGGGUGUGACGUUGAGCCAGUCAAACUGCCUCUCGGCCUAACCCACCUCGCAGGGUUGUGGGAAUUCAGUGAGGAGAGGCAGAGCCUUCCUUGAGUUCCUUGGAGGAAAGCAGGUGGGAUGUACAUCCAAUAACUACAACAUGUAAAUGAAAUGAAUAUAUGAAACUAUUUCCCUGUCAAUAGAAAUCUAGCACACCAGGGAGAGGGUUGGCCAGAACCCCCUCCCUGAUGCGCUAAUUUUCUUACUGCAGAGAGUUUCCUUUCUCAACACGUUUCAGAACGGAACUAACAUCACCUUCCCAUCUCAAGGAGCGCAGUCCGCUGUGUUACUGGGUCUCACCGCCUCAGGCAGGCAGCUAUUUCCAGGCUCACAAAACCUGCACACCUUCCAAGCUUUCCCGUUCUGCACUCUUUUCCAGGCCAAGUUCUUUUCCAUGCUUCAGGGAGACGUGAACAACAGCAACUCGCUGGGGGAAAUGGAAAUGGAGGAAAAGGUGGAGCAACUGAAACACGAGAUGGAGAAGGUCAAUGACUACGCUCGUGGUAAGUCUGGCUGUUUUCCUCGCUCUCUCCCUAGGCUCCUCCUGGAUUUUGCCCCUCCAGCCAAUUUCUCCCUGUGCUCCCCCCUGUUCAUCCCACCCACCCAAUCGGUUCCAUCAAUCCCUCUCACAGGGCCAUCCAACCUCCAAGGAAGGAGAGUUCACCACCUUCUGGACUUGUCCGUUCAAACCGUUUUUGUGGUUUAAAACGAGCCUUGCUUCACAGCAUGUUAUUCUCUGAAGGAGAAUUACCUGAAAAUGAUUUACAGAUGGUAUUUAACUCUGAGUAGACUUGCUAAAAUGUAUACUGUUGGGUUGAAAUCACGACAGACGAAUGGUGGGUGUCAAAGGAGAGACGUCUGCCCGGGGCAAGUCCCGGGAACUCUCUUUUAUUGAAUAUUACAAACAUUGCCACAGGUGUGCUUGUGGCUGAUUGGCUGAUACAAACACAAAGCAUCUUGUUGCUGAUUGGUUAACAUAGGUACAAGGCGGGCAUUACAUAUUACAUUAAUCAGUGAUAGUUCAAAAGACUGGGAGCGGAGCUGGAACUAGACAGGCAUGAAUCCUCCUAAUUAAAUUAUAACUAAAGAUUGAUAUUGAGAGAACAUAACAUGAAGGAAUACAACAAUCACGUUCCGUAAAUGUGGUCAGCAAUGCAUUAAGAACAGGUCAGGAUACACUGUUUCAUGAACUCAAUGGGAACUGUUCAGAACAUUCUCAGACUUAUGUGCAGAGGCAAAAACUUCCCAGAAUGUAAGAGAGAAAAGAAGGAAAAGUUCUAAAAGCAAGACUUUCCCACAAUGCGACAGUUAUGUGCAGUAAGAGAACUGCAGAAAGAGAACUUCACAGUGAGAGAACUGCAGAAAGAAAACUUCCCUUCAUCUCCCCCUUUCUUUUCUUGUUUGCGAGGCAUUCCAGGUGGAUAAGGCAAAAAUACUUCGGGAUUAGUGGUGUGCCAGCGAAUGCCCGAAAUAAGCCUGCCAGGGUCGAUGGGACAAAAGUACUUCAGGAUACGUGGUUUGCCAGCGCAUGCCCAAAAUAAAUCCGCCCACAUCUCCCCUAAGGUUUACUGUUGGUGUUGCCAUUUCGCAAUGUAAGCAGCAAGGAGUUUACUGGGUGGUGGAGGGGGGGAGAGAAGCCGAGAGAAAAGACUCAUGAGGCUGGGAACGCAUUGGAGGAAACAGCAUAGUAAAAUAAAAAUGGAAAUUAUGAAAAUAGCAUAUUGAAAGAGACUACGAAGCCAAGUAAGGUUAGGCAACCAAGCAGUAAGCCACUGGGUGAAAGAAUCCCAGAGGCCAGGAAAUCCAACGUCCUGUUUAAUGUGAUGUGUAAGAUUUUGCAAAUGAGAGAUUUGGCUUUGAAUGGCUCUAGAAUUGUCAGUAAUAUUGAAACAGCACAUGUCAUUCACUUGUUCACAGCCAUAAUGAUGAAGCAUCAGCAAGUAAUCUAUCGCGGCACGGUUCUGUAAAAGCCCAUGCUGGAGUUCACUUUGCUCUUUAUUCAGAAGGUGAAGGGCUUGAGAAGUAUAGUUCAGCGCUUUUGCUGCAGAACAAGCUAGAGAAUUAAUAUUUCUACUAUUGCGUACAGCCAAUCCAGGAACUCCUAAGAGAGAGACAGCUAAGGAGAUAUAUUCAGAUCUACUGGGAAGAGAAAUUGAAUCAUCACAAUCAUUAGUUAAUUCAAUAGAGCGGCGAUGUCGAGAAGGGGUCAAAUGAUGCUUUUUGGGUAAUACAAUAGACAAACGGCUUAAACAACAGGGUGUUCCAUGGCUGAUGUUUGCUGGAAUGUAAUUAAACGUAUAGCCAGGACACGACCAGAAGAUUUCCAGUUGAGGGGAAGUGCAAGCUUACUCAUUAAAUUGAAUGGUAGCUUGUAAUUGUUGUAGCAAGUCUCUUCCCCACAGAUUGAGGUGGAUUUUCAGCACACAGGGCUGGAUGUAAGCAAUGGUUUCAGAGCUGUCAGGCAGAGAAACAGGCAGCCACUGUACGCUUUUGGAAGAGGUUUUGGGGCCACCCACACCCCAGACAGCAGAGGCAGACUCAAGGGGCCACGUGGGGUCCCAGCAACUACUAGAAAUUACAGAAACGUCUGCGCCUGUGUCAAUCAAGCCUUCCAGCACAAUACCAUUGAUUUUAUACUUACGAAGAAGCUUCUUCUCACCAAUCCUCUGGACUACAGCUAACAGCUGUGGAGGGAAAGAAGAGAGCUCGUGCAAAUUAGUAUCCAUAAUAGAAGCAGUAGGAUGAGAAGGGAGCACCACCAAAUGCGCCCAAGACUCACCCUUUUUAAUUGCAUGGGCAUAUGGCUCCAGAGUUGAACCAUUAUUGUGCCUACAUAGUCAGGAUCCAGAACUCCAGGAAUAACCUGGAUUCCUUCCUUUGCCGCAGAAAAUUUGGGUAAAAUUAAACCUGCGACUUUAGGAGGCAGGGGACCUGCCAAUUGAGUGGGCAUAAGCACAAUUUCACCAGGUAGAACAGAAUCUUUGGUCUCUUGAUUGAUCAAAUCAAUUGCAAAUUCAGAGGGUGUGUUCUUUGAAAAGUUUGCAGCAGCAGAAAUUAAAGGCGGAAAUCUCUCUAAUUUUCCUGGCCCGAGAGCGAGGCCGGGAUGGAGUUUCCCGAACUCCUGCAUUGAUUAGCCCAAUGAUAGCCUUUGCCACAUUUCGGGCAUUUUUUAGAAGGUUUAGCCUUAGAGGCAGAACCAUCCUUGUGUGCCCCCCCGCCUGGGGCUCUGCAUUGCUUGGCAAAAUGGCCUGGGCGCUUGCAAUUAAAGCAGUUACCAGUAGGCUUAGUGGUUGCUUGGAUUGCGCCGGCAAGCAAGGACAUCGCAUGGCUCUGGCUACCGACAUCCGCACAAGCUUGAAUCAUAUCGGCCAGUUCAUAUUUAGGGCGAUGUAUGAUUGACUGCAAAGCUUUCUUGCAAUCAGUGUUUGCGUUUUCAAAGGCCAAUUUUUUCAUCAAUUCAUUUUGAGCAGUGGUGUUAUCAAUCUGCCUAGUGACUGAUUCUUUCAAUCUAUCUAUAAACUGAUGGUAUGGCUCCGAAUGCUGUUGCUUAAUAUUCACAAAGGAGCUCAGCGGUUGCCCAGAAACAGGGACUUUCCGAAAGGCGCGUUGUACACAGGUCGCGGUGCGAACAAAAUGUACAGGUGUCAGUGUUGCUUGGGCAGUUAUAUCAGCAAACUGACCAGCACCAUAAAGUUCAUUGGCAGUAUGUUGAGGAUCAGACAGGGCUGAAGCGCUAUGUUUAAAUUCACUCUCAAACACCACAUACUGAGCAGGGGACAAAAGCAUGCGCAUAAGGUCUUUCCAGUCCUGAGGUAGCAUAAUGUAACCAGUUGCUAUGCCUUCUAGCAUCCCUGUCACAUAAGAGGAUUUCAGACCAGAAUCAGCAAUGGCUUUCCUUAAUUCCCUCAUUACAGAAUAAGGAAGCGAUUCAUAAUAAAUCUGCUGUUGAGCAGUUCCAGGGUUUGAAUAAGAGAUAGGGAAAGCAGACGGCAUUUCACCUGGCCACUCAGACUCCUCCUCUAAGGACAUGAGCCCUUUUGCCUUGCCAGUGAGAGCGCACCACGCACAGCUCCUAUCGCGAAAACCGGGGGUGUGGCUGGCGGAGGCGGGUUGGGGGGGUGUAUGCAGGCUGAGGUGGUGGGAUGGGGGGGAGGAUGCAGGCUGAGGAGGGUGAGAAGCAGGGAGGGAGUGGCUGGGAGAAGGAGGCACACGGUUCGGGUAGGGUGGGGGAUUGUCUGCAAUGGCCAGAAGAGGAGACGCCUGGGGUCCCAAUUGGGGCCCCAAUUUAGCAACGGCAUCAGCACAUUUCUGCCAAGUGAGCAGACACUGAAUCGGAGCCCUAGGUUCUGCCAAAAGGGUCUUUCCGAUCUUUUGCCAAGUCUCUACGUCCAAAGAUCCAGCCUCUGGAUAAAAGAUGCAUUGGCAAUUUAUCUCACAUAGCAAUUGUUCAAUUUCUUUUAAGGAAAUAUUAACACCCACCUCCCGCUGUCUAACUAAAUAAAGCAACUCUUUAGCAUGCUCUUUCUGGAGCUUAGUCAAGUCCCCUCCCAUACUCACGAAGUAGCGCGCUGAGACUUUUCCAGUCGGGUGAAGUAUGAGGUUUGGCUGCGUAAGGGAUCUGGCACGUCGGGGGUCACCAGAUGUUGGGUUGAAAUCACGACAGACGAAUGGUGGGUGUCAAAGGAGAGACGUCUGCCCGGGGCAAGUCCCGGGAACUCUCUUUUAUUGAAUAUUACAAACAUUGCCACAGGUGUGCUUGUGGCUGAUUGGCUGAUACAAACACAAAGCAUCUUGUUGCUGAUUGGUUAACAUAGGUACAAGGCGGGCAUUACAUAUUACAUUAAUCACUGAUAGUUCAAAAGACUGGGAGCGGAGCUGGAACUAGACAGGCAUGAAACCUCCUAAUUAAAUUAUAACUAAAGAUUGAUAUUGAGAGAACAUAACAUGAAGGAAUACAACAAUCACGUUCCGUAAAUGUGGUCAGCAAUGCAUUAAGAACAGGUCAGGAUACACUGUUUCAUGAACUCAAUGGGAACUGUUCAGAACAUUCUCAGACUUAUGUGCAGAGGCAAAAACUUCCCAGAAUGUAAGAGAGAAAAGAAGCAAUAGUGUCAUAGAAGCAUAGAAGACUUUCCCACAAUGCGACAGUUAUGUGCAGUAAGAGAACUGCAGAAAGAGAACUUCACAGUGAGAGAACUGCAGAAAGAAAACUUCCCUUCAGUAUACGUCCGAAUCAGAUAAGUGCUGGAGAUGUAACGAGGUUGAGCAUAUGUUUUAUCAUAUGUGGUCGAUUUGUAAAAGGGUAAAAAAUUAUUGGGAAAUGAUAUAUAAUAAACGGAAAAAAAUGUUCAAAAUAUAUAUAAUGAACUUUCCUAAAACACAACAACAGAGUCCUUUUUGUGGGGGUAAUUCAGAGGGAAAUUCCCAGGUGUCAAAAAAGACUGUAUGCCACUACUGCAGCCCGUGUCUUGUUAGCCCCAAAAUGGAAAACGAGCGAGGUCCCAACCAAAGAAGAAUGGCAACUUAAACUGAUGGAAUACGUGCAGCUUGCAGAUUUAACAUACAGUGGUACCUCAGGUUACAUACGCUUCAGGUUACAGACUCCGCUAACCCAGAAAUAGUGCUUCAGGUUAAGAACUUUGCUUCAGGAUGAGAACAGAAAUUGUGCUCUGGCGGCGCGGCAGCAGCAGGAGGUCCCAUUAGUUAAAGUGGUGCUUAAGGUUAAGAACAGUUUCAGGUUAAGAACGGACCUCCGGAACGAAUUAAGUACUUAACCCGAGGUACCACUGUAUAGAAUAAGAAGAACGCAUGUUUAAAGAAGACUGGAAAUGGUUUAUGGAAUAUAUGAGUAAAAACUGCGUUCAUUUAAAAACACUGGUAGCAUCAAGAUAAAUUCAACAGUGCAAAUAAGUUUUGAUAGAUGUAACAAUGGAUUAUUGAAUGGUUUAGUUCAUGCAAAAUAUGCAGGUUUGCAUGGCAUGCAAAAUGAACCACUGAAAGAGAAGAAGGGAAGUCAUUGAUUUAAGAUUGUUUAAAUGAAUAUUUUGAAAUGUAAUUUAGAAAAUUUAAUUUUAAAAACCUAUUAAAAUAGAUAAAUAAAAUAAAAUAAAAUAAAAUGAGCUUUGCUCCGUUGCAGCUGCCAAGAGUGCUUCCUGGAGGUCGUCGACAAUGAGGCCAUCAGAGAUGAAGCCCAGGAGGACUUUUCCAUUGGGGGGAUUCAGCCCCAGCCAGACCAAGCUUCUGGACUCGAGUGUUCCUCCCAUGCCGAAGGUCUUUGGUUCCUUCCCAAAGCAGGUUUGUUCUUUUGUCUCGAGACCUCGGUAUUCUCGAAGGCUGGACUGCUGCAAUGUGCUGGCUGUGGAGCUGCCCUGGAGCCCGGGAGCUCCAGCUGGUUUCUCUCAGCCUAUCCUACCUCACAGGGUUGUUGUGGGGGCAUUAAAGGAGAACUAGGACCUGGGAGGGGACGAGGGUGGCGCUGUGGGUUAAACCACAGAGCCUAGGACUUGCCGAUCAGAAGGUCGGCGGUUCAAAUCCCCGCUAUGGGGUGAGCUCCCGUUGCGCGGUCCCUGCUCCUGCCAACCAGCAGUUCGAAAGCACGUCAAAGUGCAAGUAGAUAAAUAGGUAUCACUCCGGCGGGAAGGUAAACGCGUUUCCGUGCACUGCUCUGGUUCGCCAGAAGCGGCUUAGUCAUGCUGGCCACAUGACCCGGAAGCUGUACACCAGCUCCCUCAGCCAAUAAAGCGAGAUGAGCGCCGCAACCCCAGAGUCGGCCACGACUGGACCUAACGGUCAGGGGUCCCUUUACCUUUACCUUUAGGACCUGGGAGACCAGGGUUCCAGUGCCCACUCAGCCAUGAAGCUCUCACUGGGUGAUUUUGGACCAGUCACUGUCUGGUGACUACUUCACAGGGUGAAAUGAGAAAGAAGAGAUUCACGUGAGACAUCUUGAGCUCCUUAGAGGAAAAGUGGAAUAUAAAUGCAGUCAGUACAAAAAAUGAACAUGCCAAAGCGUUUCAGCCAUUCCACAUCAGGCUGAAUGAGCAAGGGGACCUCACCUCCCAUGAUCACAGCAUCUUUUUCCAGAAAUAUCCAUCCCCAAAAUGCUGCUGGUGGGAGGUGCCAGCAGCAGUCAAAUUUCUUAGGAGGACAGUUUCUUGCAGCUCUUAAUAAGCUUUUUAAUUUUACUUUUCAUUCCCCCUACAGAUGGAGAGAUCGAUGGGAUCCAACGUGGACUUGAAGCAACUCUGGGCCGGCAUGUCAUCCGUCAAUCAAAAGAGGUGCAAGGGGCUUGAAGGCGAGGGGAGAGGGUGGAUACACACUGGUUGCCCCCCCCCCCACUCUGGACUGGUUUCGUAUUGGGGUGUGGAAGUGCUUUUUUCUGGGGGGACACCGGGGGACGCAUACCCAUAAACAUUUUGUGAAUCUUUGUACAGUCAUACCUCAGGUUACAGCAGCUUCAGGUUGCAUUUUUUCAGGUUGCAGACCACCGAAACCCGGAAGUACCAGAAUGGGUUACUUCCGUGUUUCAGCAGUCGCGCAUGCGCAGAAGCACUAAACCGCACUUUGCGCAUGCGCAGAAGUGCCAAAUCACAACCUGCAUGUGCGCAGACGCGGGUUGUGAACGCUGCGGGUUGCGAACGUGCAUCCCGCAUGGAUCACGUUCGCAACCCGAGCGUCCACUGUACUUUUGUCCAUUUACUGUAUUUAUUUUCCCCGAUUUGAACUAUAAAAUGGUGAUUUUCUUGAGUCAAAAUGAGAGUACCCCUCAACAUUUUUUGUGGGGGGGGUGUACUGGGGUGUGGUCUGCAACAUGCCCCAGGUACAAGAGUGGCAUAUUUAUGCUGCUUUAGUUUUUUAGCUUGUGGUGUUGAUUCAGAUGGGUGACACCUGGCUUGAGAGCAGUACAUGUGACAAGGAUCUAGGAGUCUUGGUUGACCACAAACUUGACAUGAGCCAACAGUGUGACGCGGCAGCUAAAAAAGCCAAUGCAAUUCUGGGCUGCAUCAAUAGGAGUAUAGCAUCUAGAUCAAGGGAAGUAAUAGUGCCACUGUAUUCUGCUCUGGUCAGACCUCACCUGGAGUACUGUGUCCAGUUCUGGGCACCACAGUUCAAGAAGGACACUGACAAACUGGAACGUGUCCAGAGGAGGGCAACCAAAAUGGUCAAAGGCCUGGAAACGAUGCCUUAUGAGGAACGGCUAAGGGAGCUGGGCAUGUUUAGCCUGGAGAAGAGGAGGUUAAGGGGUGAUAUGAUAGCCAUGUUCAAAUAUAUAAAAGGAUGUCACAUAGAGGAAGGAGAAAGGUUGUUUUCUGCUGCUCCAGAGAAGCGGACACGGACCAAUGGAUCCAAACUACAAGAAAGAAGAUUCCACCUAAACAUUAGGAAGAACUUCCUGACAGUAAGAGCUGUUCGACAGUGGAAUUUGCUGCCAAGGAGUGUGGUGGAGUCUCCUUCUUUGGAGGUCUUUAAGCAGAGGCUUGACAACCAUAUGUCAGGAGUGCUCUGAUGGUGUUUCCUGCUUGGCAGGGGGUUGGACUCGAUGGCCCUUGUGGUCUCUUCCAACUCUAUGAUUCUAUGAUUAGAGAUGGAUGGUACCUUGAGAGUCGUCUGACCUCCUGCAACGCAGGAAUCACAGCUGACAAAUCCUCAACAGGUGGCCAUCCUGCCUCUGUUUUACAACCUCCAACAAAGGAGGGUCCACCAUCUUCCGAGGGAGUCCGGCCCAUUGCCAAGCGGCUCUUACCAUCAGAAAGUUUUGUUGCCAUCUCCUUUCUGGCCAUUUGAAUCCAUUGGUUCAGUUGCUAGCCCUCCAGAGCAGAAGAAAACAAGCUUGCUCCAUCUUCCAUGGGACAGAUAUUUGAAGAUUGCCUAUCAUAUGGGUAGGCAAACUAAGGCCCGGGGGCCGGAUCCGGCUCAAUCGCCUUCUAAAUCCGGCCCACGGACGGUCCGGGAAUCAGCGUGUUUCUACAUGAGUAGAAUGUGUCCUUUUACAGUGGUACUUCGGGUUACAAACACCUCAGGGUACAAGCACUUCGGGUUACAGACUCCGCUAUCCCGGAAGUAGUACCUCGGGUUAAGAACUUUACCUCAGGAUGAGGACAGAAAUUGCGCGCUGCCGGCAUGGCGGCAGCGGGAGGCCCCAUUAGCUAAAGUGGUACCUCAGGUUAAGAACAGUUUCAGGUUAAGAACGGACCUCUGGAAUGAAUUAAGUUCGUAACCAGAGGUACCACUGUAUUUAAAAUGCAUCUCUGGGUUAUUUGUGGGGCAUAGGAAUUUGUUCAAUUCCCCCCCCCCAAAUAUAGUCCGGCCCCCCACAAGGUCUGAGGGACAGUGGACCAGCCCCUUGCUGAAAAAGUUUGCUGACCCCUGGCCUAUCAUAUCUCCUCUCAGUCUUCUUUUGUCUAGGCUAAACUUGCUCAACCAGUGUUAGAAACUGAGAUACGAAAGCUAGGAGCUAAAAGGCACCUUAAACCGAGGUUAUGGGCGCAACAACGAAACCUCUAGGCGUGCCUUUUUUAUAGCAAGAAUACAAAGCUGAAAAUGAAUGAACCGCAGCUAAAAUAUUAUGUUCAUAUUUCACACGGUCUAGUCCUUCCCCUGCCCACCCCCCUAAUAUUCUUAAGAGGGUCUCUUCUCCAGUUUUCAGAGAGUAGCUGGAAGUGGGGAGGUAGAAAAAGGUCCUUCUUUCCUUCCACGCUGCAGUUUUAAUCUGGAUUAAUAGGCACAGCACUGUGCCCAGGCCUUGGAAGCUGCUCGCGCUAAUGAAAUUCCUAGUUGCAAAACACGCCUAGAGCAAUGGGAGUCUCAAACGCUGUAUUCAACUCCCUCAACUGUUCCUCAUGAGGCCUGUCAACACCCUUCUUAAAUUGCGGUGCCCAGAACUGGAAACAAUAUUCUAGGUGUGGUCUGACCAAAGCAGAAUAGAGCAGUGUGGCGAUCACACAGGGUCCCCGGACAUUUGACGGUCUAUUGAUCCCUGUGCCACCACUUCCCCGCUGCCACCAACCCGUUUCUCUCGGGUACACACUGAGUCCAGACAGUUGUUAACAUUAAAAACAAAUAAUCAAGUUUAUUUUAUAAGCAUGAACAAGUUUAUGGUUUCAGAUAAUUUUUCUUGUCAGUUUCUUAUCCUUAGUUUCUAUACCGGCCUAUACCUUUCUAAUAACUUCUAACUAAUUAUCCCAACUGUCUAUCUGACUCCUCCUAACAGUUUCUCUCUUUCUCUCACAACAAAACUCUACCAACCCACAGACUUAUCCUCCCUCUUCCUUCUCCAACACCCAACUGACUUCCACACAACUCUAACUCUAACUCCUCUCCUUGGGUUCCCACUGGCCAAUCACUUCCCUUUCCUUAUGACCCACCUAGGAGGGCAAACGCCACAAGCAGUACUAUUACUUCCCUUGACUUACUCACAUCAGGGAGGAGUCCAGAGCAAGGAGACCUCACCUCCCAUGAUCUCAGCAUCCUUUUCACAAUCUUUUCCCUUCCCAAUGUCAUCCUGAGUCUAAUCCCCAUUUUGUCUCUCCUCCGACAGCAUGGUGGACCUGCGCCCUGUGAUGCUGAACCCCGGCGGUUUCCGCCCUUCAUUCCUGGGGAGCACCUCUGUCAGUAGACUGAAAUACACCAGUUUCCCGAGGUGCAGAAAUCCUUCCGAGACCUGGCGUGACACCUUUUGUUCUCACGGGGAAAAUACACACACGCACGGAAGGGGGGGAGCAUUUUAUUCCAGGGAAGGGGCUGGAAAAUGGGCCAGUGGUUUCCUGGAGGCAAACUUGCCUGGUUCCUCACGAGGCCUGAAGGUGUGGCUCUACAGAAGUUCGUAGAAUCAUAGAACUGUAGAGUUGGAAGGUACCCUAAGGUCAUCCAGCCCAGCCCCCUGCAAUGCAGGAAUCACAGCUAAAAAGCCCCUCUCCCAUGGCCAAUCUACGCAAGAGAGAGAAUUUUGUCCUCUUCAAUCUCUUGCAUGCUACAUUUGGUUUUAUCGCCUGGAAAGGCACACCCCAGUUUAACAGCACAGUUCAAGAUUGCGGCCAAAAAAUAAUUUUUAAAAAGAUAGGAAGCCGAGCAGUUCUGUCCUGUUUCCACUUGCUAUUUUUAUUUAAUCCACUCCACUUGGGUUAUUUAAACCAAGGACUUGUACACUGACCACUAAUAAUGAUUCAUAUGUUGCAGAUAUCAUUGCAAAUUUAUUAUGCUAUUUUUGCAAUGUACAAAUGACAUUAAAAAAAAUAAUUGUGGCCACUUUUGUGGACAAUCUUCAAACAUCAAGUUUGCACUUGGGUCCUGCUGGUGGGCUCCCCUUGGGGGCACCUGGUUGGCCACUGUGGGAACAGGAUUCUGGACCAGAUGGGCCACUGCCCUGCCACAGUAGCUGGGUUCUCCUUAUGCUCUUAUGGAACCUCCAGGUCUAGGGGCAGUCUAUCCUGAUUCUUGAAUUCCUGGGGGCAUUUGAUCCCUGUGAGAGCAGGAGGCUGGACUAGACAGGCCACUGGCCUGAUGCAGUGAGUUUCUCUUUAUGUCCUUUAUGCUGUUUAGCUUUCUUUGCAGCAUCAACCUACUGGGGGGGGCGAGGGGGGGCGGACGCACCAGCCUCACCACCUGCCAUGUUUUUUCUCCUUCCAGGGCCGCUGCCAGCAACGCCGCCACAUCUUCCCAGAGCUCAUCCAGCCCCACGUCCGCUUUCAACACACCUGUGCUGGCCAAGUUCAGAGGCAGCAAAGAUGAGGAGAAGGAGGACAAUGAAAACCCGGGUCCUGAUUCUCAGCCGACGGGGGCCUAAACAACUUUUGUGUACGGGGAGAUGCUGUGUGAAUUAAAAAGAAACCUCCGGUGCACGCUGCUUCCCGGGGUGUGGCUUCUACUGCGGAUCUGGCAGAGAGGAAAUGGCUACCGGUGGCCGGGAGAGGGGAGAAAUCUUCAUGCCUUAGCGGGAGGGUAUGCCUCCAAAUGCUCUUUUUCAAAAGGAUAUGGUGGUACUAUAAUUCCCAUCAUCCCUAGCUAGCAGGACCAGCGGUUGGGGAUGAUGGGAUUUGUAGUCUGAAAAAAAAAGCUGGAGACCUCUGUUUGGGAAACACUAGGAUAGGGGAGAUCACUGCAGAUGGUGACAGCAGUCACAAAAUUAAAAGACGCCUGCUCCUUGGGAGAAAGGCGAUGGCAAACCUAGACAGCAUCUUAAAAAGCAGAGACAUCACUUUGCCAACAAAGGUCCGUAUAGUUAAAGCCAUGUUUUUCCCAGUAGUGAUGUAUGGAAGUGAGAGCUGGACCAUAAAGAAGGCUGAUCGCCGAAGAAUCGAUGCUUUUGAAUUAUGGUGCUGGAGGAGACUCUUGAGAGUCCUAUGGACUGCAAGAAGAUCAAAUGCAUCCAUUCUUAAGGAAAUCAGCCCUGAGUGCUCACUGGAAGGACAGAUCAUGAAGCUGAGGCUCCAAUAUUUUGGCCACCUCAUGAGAAGAGAAGACUCCCUGGAAAAGACCCUGAUGUUGGGAAAGAUGGAGGGCACAAGGAGAAG